GACGUUUCUAAUGUAUACCUUCUAGCUUAAUGUCACAGUUCAAACACUAGGAGGAUGCAAAUGCAGUUGGUCCCUUUCGGAUCCGUGACCAUCGGACCACAAUCUUGGCGAGAGGGAACGAUUCGAUCCAUCCGGCGAGCGGAGCGGCUUGUCCGGCAGACUCGCGCAGGACAAGCGCUGAACGCCGUCGGUCAUGUAUCCAGGUCCAGGCAGGGAAUCUUGGAAACUAAGAAUAAGACGAGAGCUGAUGAGGAAACUGGAGAAGUUCUUCCAACAAGCCAAAAAUACAAGUCAACAAGACAAUCUACAGCGGCACCGGCCCCGUUUCCCCUCUCAAGCUUGCGUGACCAGUGUGCUGAGGCCACCGUUGCAGUGGCCAGCGAGUACAUGCGCAAGGUGCGAGAGGUCGAGGGUCAACUGCGCAGACAAGCCAGCAAUGUGAACCAGGAGGUAGUCAAACUGCAGCGGGAGAAGGGUCAUCUGGAGAGCAUGCUGCGUAAACUCAGCGCUGACCUGAUGGUCAACAGGAUGAGCUCUGAGGGCAGGACCCGGAGACCUACAGCAAGAGAGAGAGAGAGAGACGGCGCUGACUAUCUGCUGGCACGUGAAAAAAAGGAGCUUUUACAGUUGACACGAGAAGUGGAAGAAUCUCUGAGGAGCACUACCAGUCAGCUUCAGGAUCUGGGUCACAGCAACAGACAGCUGACUCAAUGUGCCAGAGAACGAGCCCGAGUCCUGGAGCUACUGCCUCCCAAGAGCUCUGGCGUUGGAUAUGGAGCUUCCACUGAGGCCAAAGCUGACCCCAUCGGCCCUUUCACUCCUGAAUGUAAAAGCAUUUUAGAGUCAUCCACAACCACUGUGCAACAGUCAGAACGUCUGAGGAGUGACAUCAGAGAGUUGCUCACCAGCGCCCUCAUCAGGCAGAGAGAUGCACAUCGAGCUGUCAACGAUGGACUAGUAAAGAAAAUAGCUGAGACGGUUGAUCUUCAGAAAGAGCUGACCUUGACGUCUGCGGCCACCAGACAGGCUUUAUUCCGCAAACAGAGAGAGGUGGACUGUAUUCGCCACAGUUAUGGAAGAGCACAGGGGCCGGAGUACAGCGGAGACACACUGGCCAGGGAGAAACUGGACCGACCUCUGGUGCGGGUUUACCAGCGACACCCAGGGACACUCUUACCUGAGGCAUCCCGGCUCAUACAGGGCAGCACAGCUUUGAGACGGUGCCUAGAAUCCUCUGAAGCUGAGCUGGCCACCCUGCAGCGCACCUGCCAUCACCUGCUGGAUGACCUACGAAGUAAACAAAAGGCGGCGCAGGUGGACUCUGACGUCAUCCGCAUGCGACGACAUCGAGUGGACAAGCGAGCAAUACCCAAUCUUCUCCAGCAGGUGGCGUACAGAAAACAGCGAUCUCUCUCCAGCACUCAGUAG